GGAGGAGACAGGCAGGGACGCGCCGUGCGGUGGACCAACGCUGCUGCUGCUGCUGCCGCAGAGCACACUGCUGCGAGGACGCAGGAGCAACGAGGGGCACGAAACAACCGGCAACCACGGCAACUUUUUGCAGAGACAACAGACAGCCAUAAUGCGGCACCGCCCGCCGACCCCGGAGCUGAUGUGACUGUGCACACCGAGAGCAGGGAGGAAGCGGCGGACAGCACCACCACCUCUCCCCGGUUUGCCUCGCCUCGUCUCGGCGUGAGCGGCAGGUCGGACGGUCGGUCUGUCUGUCUGUCUGUCUGUCUCUCUGUUUGUCUGUCUGUCUGUCUGUCUGUCUGGAGGGGGACAUGUCCUCACUAACCGUGGAGGAGGACCAGAAAUGGUUACCGACACACGUCCAGGUGACGGUGCUGAGAGGCAGGGGCUUGCGGGGCAAGGGCAAGCACGGCACCAGCGACGUGUACACCAUCAUCCAGCUGGGGAAGGAGAAAUACUCGACCUGCGUGGUGGAGAAGACCACCGAGCCGGAGUGGAAGGAGGAGUGCUCGUUCGAGCUGCAGCCCGGCGGGGUGGAGAGCGGCGGGCGGUGCGGCUACCCGGCCGCGAGCAACGAGCUGAUCCUCACCGUGAUGCACCGGGCUGUCAUCGGGCUGGACGUGUUCCUCGGACAGGCUGUGAUCCAGCUGGAUAAGCUGUUUGGAGAGAGUAGAUGCGUGAAAAACGAGUGGUACAGACUCAACUCCAAAACAGGCAAGAAGGAGAAGGAGCGAGGAGACAUCCAAGUCACCGUCCAGUUCACCCGGAACAACCUGACAGCCAGCAUGUACGACCUCGUCAUGAAGGACAAGGGCGCCUCCACCUUCAGCAAGCUGAAAGAGCGCAUCAAGGGGAAGAGGAGAUCCAGCGAGGAGGACUCUUCCUCGGCCGUCCUGCCAGGCGGAUACGGGUCACUAGUUCAGUUGCGGCAGCGGCUGCCGAGCGAUGGAGGCGGGGAGGAGGAUUAUGAGGACGACGAGGGGGGUGAGGCCCGGCGGAGCAAGAUGAGGACCUUUUUCCUGAGAGGGAAGCUGAGGAAGUCAUCAGACACUCGCUCCAGCACAUCACUGGGCUCGGAGAGCAGCGAGUCGUCGUCGCGGGGCGGGAGCCUCAGUCCCACAGCCGGCAUCAGUGUGGUGGUGUCUGACCUCUCCAACUCGCCCAGUAACAGCAGCAACCUGACGGUAGAUAACAGCCCAGAACACACGGCGAACACGUCACCCAAGUCGUCCUCUCUCAAAUGUGAGUUUGGUGAUGAGGCCGGUGAGAUAUCCAUAGCAGUGCCUCAGCCCACCGUGUGCGUUAACGGAAGCCAUGCUUAUAACGUCCAGCCCCUGGACCCAGGCUCAGGAAACCCUGCAGAUUCUUUAGGCCUGGGACUGUUGCAGAAGUCUUUGCCUCUCUCCAUGUCUCUACAGAACCUCAGCCCGCGGGCCUCCACAGACCUCCCCAAAGGUCCUGUGGGAGACGGGCGUCGCUGGUCUUUUGACAAACCCGGCAAGGAGGAAAAGGCCGCCAUAGCGGCGGCUUUGGAGCAUAGCGGCCCCAUGCAGGGCGAAGACGAGGAGGAAGAGGAGCGUUUGGGACUGGUUGUUCUGCCCAAAGCCGCCUCCACGGCGGAGUUAGAAAGCCAGGGGAGGAAGCAGAGGAGGAACUUUUUCUCCCAUGGGAGAAUCAGUCAGGCCAAGGACGGGACUGAUGAGGCCACUGAGGAGAAACACAAGGGAUGGUUCGGAUCAAAGGACUCGCACAGCAAGCCCAGCCUGGUGGUGUCACCUAAACUAGAGCCCAGCACUGAUCCCCACCCACCACCCCUCCCUUCUAGUCACCACCCCCCGGGUCCCCCUGUGCCUCCCGCCUCUCUGGUUUCUCCGCUGCAUCACACUAACCCCUUUUGCCACUCACAGAGCUCCCCGCCUCACAUAUCCCCCUGCAACCCUUUCUUCUCUCUCCUCCAGCGCAACCCUUUCUAUGACGACAUGCUCGCCUGUCCGCCCUUAAAACCUUCACUGCCUCCUUUGCCCUAUCUCUCCAGUUCCCGGCCCCCCAUAGCGCAGCUCUUUCCGCGGGCGAGUAACGCUAACCCGACCACGGAGGGCUCCAUCAGUGGCACAGGUGCAAAGAGUGACCCGAUGGCCACAGUCGAGAAACGACCCCUUCCUCCUGUUCCCACGGAAGAGGAGAAACCUUUAAGCAAGAAGUCGGCCAACCCUUUCAUGUCGUCUGGGGCGCUGGAGCCGGAUUCAGAGUGGGACGAAUCCUUUGAAGCGUUUGCGGCGGGCAGGCUGCAGUCUCCCGAAGAUCUUACCACAGAUUGCAAAACACAGCAAAACACACCCGGUGACCAUCCGCUGGAACACUGCGAUAACGCAGGAACACUACUUCCCAUCACAGACGCUGAUCACAACACAAACGUGAAUGAAGCACUACAUCAUCAACCCUGCAGAAAAGUCGUAUGUGAAGCUCAUAAAGCCACGAGUCAGGUGACCAACACUAACGCACAUCAUCUUGACACAUUUGCACAUUUCCUUGAAACAAUCCCGGAACACAGAAGCUUUGAGACGGACGCCAUGACUUUGAACACUUCUGCUGACGCACCAGAACUCGAUGCUUGCACCGAAACUAAUCAAACUAACAGUACGACUAACACAAACGAUUUAACUAACGAUUUCACUGAUAUAAACCGAGCCCCGUGUCACGCUUCAUCGCUACAGCUCAACAGCAGCUCCCCAGAUCCUGGUUCUUCAGGUCUCGGCAGCUCAGCAGAGGAGGAUUUCCUCUCCUGUCUUUCUUCUUCGUCAGAUAAAUUUUCUGCUUCCUCCUCCGAGGAAGCUGAGGCUCAAAACUUUGAAAGCGGCCUCCUGGGCUUCGAGAAAUCCUCAGAGUCAGUUGAGGCUAAAAACUCAAAGCCCUCAGAAUCUGAAGGUUACAUUACUGACUGGUCACACGAUCGAUCUUUGCAUGAUGCGGCCCAGAGAACUGUUAUUCAGCGGCAGGACGGCGAUGAAAGGGUACAGUCAAACGAUUCGGAGGGGGCGUCGGCACCACAGUCCCCAGCGCCGACAAACCAGCAGCUCGUGAUCGCUGCAGGAGAGACGGAAACUGAAGGUGCCGAGACUCAGACGCUCAACAUUUCUAAUGUCGUGUACCCUGACCUGUUGUCAAACCUGUCUGAACCACAACCAAAAUCCAACGUCUCUGAAAGUCGAGAGAAAGGCAUCAAUGAAUUCAACAGCUCUGUAGAGGCGUUCAGCGGUAGCUCCGUAAAUGUGAAGGUCCUUGCGACUCCAGGUGACGAACUCUCCUCCACGCUCCCAUCAUUACACAUCAUAACGUCUUCUCCUGAUGUGAAGCAGAGUUCGCGGGACUCGACCUUUGGGAGCACUAGUUUAGUAGAGCAGAAAGCUAGCCAGUGUUCUCCAGUGCCAUUUGGGGAUUUUGGUGAUUUCCUCAAUAUCAGUCACGGACAAGACUUUGACAACACACUACUGCGCACUCCGGUGUCGGAUCAGAGCUCCAGCAGCUUCCUCCAAAGCCUCUAUGUCAGCACCGACUCGCAGGAUUACCAAACCUGUGAGUGCUCCAGCGCCUCAGAGCCCAACGAGACUUUACACUCGGCGAACUCGACGCUCUGCGGAGAGCCGAGUGAGAUUCGGGCGACUGCGGACGCCGCUUCGAGCCUAGAAGAUUCCAAGCCAGCUAACGGAGAAAUCAACCAAACCGACAGAUCUGACGGAUCCGUCUGUGGAGCCGACGACAAGACGGCAACGCUCGAGACAAAUUUCAUGAUAGGGGAUGAUUUUGAUUUACAAGCUCUCCCUGCAGCGCCAAAAGACUCUCACACGAGCUGUAAUCCAAAGGGGCUCAGCGAAGGAGGCGUUGAAAGCCGGCCAGUCGUCUCAGAUGACGAGUUUUCAAUGUGCGUUCAGGCCAAGUCCGCUAUGCUACACCGCUCCCGGUCUGAAGGCACACUGACGUCUGUCUUUGACGAGCUCCUCCUGCCCACUUUUGGGAGCGAUCCCGGCGUGAUACGGGAGUCCUCCUUAGCUCAACCGGGCCCUGAUCUCCCCUUUCUGACCUCUUUUGCUCCUCCUCUAACUCCUGAAAGUAGCAGCUCCCCUGUAGCGCUCUGUUCUCCCCCUCCUUUUGCCAAUGCUUCGGCGAGGUCACCACGAGCCGCUACGCCAAAGCCCGAGAAGAAGCAGCAGCAGCAGCAGCAGCAGCAGCAGCAGCAGGCAGCCAAUCAGCAGAACAGCCCCCACCCAGUGAAGCCCCUGACCACUGCCAUACUGGCUGAGGAGAAGCGGACUGAGGGCCGGUCAGUGCUGGCCACCGGCCUGGAGAAGCUCAAGUCCACCAUCCACCCGGGGAGGAGCAGCCAGCUCAGCGAGCAGGAGACAGAAAGGAAGAAGUCUCUGACGGAGGGAGCGGGCUCGUACUACCACCUGACCCACAGCGAACUGGUCGCCCUGCUGGUGCAGCGGGAGGCGGAGCUGGAGAGGCAGAAGGCGGAGUUUGAGCGUCAGAGAUUUUUGCUGACCAAGCGCGAGGUGGAGCUGAGGAAGCUGAAGCCGCAGGUCAGAGAUCUGGAGGACUACAUUGACACGCUGCUGGUGCGCAUCAUGGAGCAGAAGCCCACUCUCCUGCAAGUGCGCUCCAAGUUCAAGUGACGAAGCGUUAGGGGGUGGGGGGGGUGG